GUUAGGUUAUGUUAGGUCAGGUUAGGUUAGGUUAGACUAAAGAUACCUUUGUAGACCGCACGCUAUAGUAGCACCCUGUCUUCUCCCUUAGUAGACUGUCUUCUUCCUCAGUAGACUGUUACGUCUCUCAGUAGACUGUCACCUCCCUCAGUAAACCAUCUUCUUCCUCAGUAGACUGUUACGUCUCUCAGUAGACUGUCACCUCCCUCAGUAAACCAUCUUCUCCCUCAGUAGGCUGCCACCUCUUUGAGUAGAGUGUCACCUCUCUGAGUUGACUGUCUUCUUCAGUAGACUGUCAUCUCCCUCAUCAACUGUCACCUUAGAAAAAUGUUAUGUAUGCACACACCAUAAUGGAGUUAGUGUGCUGCUCUACUGUACUGGGCUGUAUAAGCAAUUUAAUGUACUGUUUAUUACCGCGUGAAAUAGUUACAUUGUCCUGUAUGAACAAACUCACCAAGGUGACGGUACACCCCCCCUCUCCCGAGACACCUUCCUUGUGGUUGCACUGUUAACAACUGUCACGGUGGUGUGCGUCGCGUAAAGUGAUAACAGCGGAGGUAGGUGUCUCAACAACAGCUUGCGGCUCUCUCUAUACAAUGUGUUAGUCGUCACCGUAUUUGCCACAUGACACACGGUGACAAUACUGCCUGAUUGUGGCUGAACAAGAGCCAACGUAGUGAGGUGAUCGCAACCCAAGUAGAUAAUAUUGUAGCGGAGUGUGUUGUUGUUGUCUGCUAAGUGUAGCAAGUGGUAGUGCCUGGUGGAGGUGCACAGGAAGCAUUUUGAAAGGAGUGUAACACAAGUAGAAAGUUUAGUGUUGGUGUAGUAUAAGGUGGUGGUUGUGGUGCGGGCCUCGCCCCUCCACCACACAACCAGGCACAGGGGGGUCCACCCACUCUUGGAUCGGAUGGUUGCCUCACCGCCCGUGUUUUGCUUCAUUUCAGAUGGGCGCUACAAACCGUACAAGUGUCCUCACUGCUUCAAGAGUUAUUCCUCCAAGUCCAACUUGAACACGCACGUGCGGGACCUGCACGCUGCCGUGCCUCAGGUGUUCACGUGCCCGUACUGCAACAAGAAGUACUCGUCCAAGAACUCUCUGCGCUACCACAUCACCAUGUACCACCGUGAGGAGAAGAACAGGGACCAGGCGCUCCAGCACGCCAUAGCCACUGCCCAACCCAUGCCCGCCCAUGGCCUCCAUGGCUCACCCAACACCCACGACCCCUCCCGUGUUAACCAGCUGCCUACAGGUCACCAGCCACAUCAGGUGCAGCAUCAAGCACAACAAGUGCAACAGCAGACACAGCAGAUGCAGCAGCAAGCACAACAGGUGCAGCAACAGGCACAGCAGGUGCAACAGCACCUGUAUAGCCAGCUACAACAACCUGGCGGGCAACAGCUAGAGCCGCAGGUGGAGUUAAGUAUGGUGGAGGAGGCCAAGUACCAGGUGUGUGGUGCUACCAACACUGUGAUGAGUGAGACACACAAGUGCUAGCUGCCCACCACCACAACCACCGCCACCUCCCAACACUGAGCCACCUACGGUAGCUAAAAUAAGUGGUGACGGCGGUGAGCCCGAGAGUGGUGACGUGUGACGACACCAACGGACGGCGCUACUCCCACGCCACUCAUGUCACCCACAACAACGUUGCGGACGACCACUACGGGACGCGGGCGGCGGUGGGCGGCGGGUCUGGCCACAGGUGUACCCACUGCGGGCGGGAGUUCAGGUCACGCAGUAACCUCAGCCGACACGUCCGUGACCACCACACACCUCACGACCCCAGCGCCGCCCUCUGUCCCGUGUGCGGCAAGAAUUGUCGCAACCGCUCCAACGUGUUGACACAUAUG